GCGGGUGUUAAGUGACAAAAGCAACUGGUUGUUCCAGUGCUUCUCUUGUAUUCUGGUGGUUCCACGCACUUGUUUUCUCUAUCUACAUUUCCGAAUUUGAAGAAGUCAAUCCCAUUCAGCUGUCGUCUUUAUCUUUCAUACCAUAUUGUCGAAGGUGGUGAAAUUCAUUUCCACUGUAGCUUCCUAUAGCAUCUUUUGGGUUCUUGUGGUGUAUGCAGGAUCGGAUUUAAGUUUAAGCUGGGACAAUUAUGGCGGAUUUGGAGAAUUUGCUUUUGGAGGCUGCGGGGAGAACUGGUACAGCUGGGAGAAACCGGCAUUCUCUUCCACCUUCAAGGAGACGUCAUGAUGGUGCUUAUUCAGAUGGUGGGAGUGAUUCUAGGGAUGAUGAUUCAGAUGAUGAGCCCAAUUAUGCCAGCAGAAAGCCCUCUGGUUCACAAGUUCCUUUGAAGAAAAGGUUAGAUCCAACGGAAAGAGAUGAUGAUUUGGGCAGUCAGGAAGAAGGAGAUGAUGAUGAUGGUCGCAGUGAUCAUGAUGGCGACAGCAGUGAUGAAUCAAAUAUUGGUGAUGAUCUCUACAAGGAUGAGGAUGACAGGCGAAAGCUUUCUGAGAUGACUGAACUUCAAAGAGAGAUGAUUUUAUCGGAUAGGGCUACCAAAAAGGAUGAUAAAAAUUUAUUGGGGAAGAUAGCAUCUAAGCGUGAGAAAGGAAAGGUAGCAGUGCCCAGAAAACAGUCUCCACCUAUGUCAUCAUCACGCAUGCGUGCAUCAGCCAGAUCUGCUGACAGGUCAGCCAAGAAUGAUGCACUAAAUGAAUUGCGUGCAAAGCGAUUGAAACAGCAAGAUCCAGAAGCUCACCGCAGACUGAGAGAGGCAUCAAGAAAUGCAGGGCCUCGGCAGUUUUCUCCACCAAAGCGCAAACAGUUCACAUCAACAAGUCUCAGUAGUUCCAGCCACAGUGAGAGUGAAAGUAGGUCCCACAGUGAUGAUGAAGGAUCAACUGGGGAUGGAGGAAUUGCUGACAGUGAUGACGAUAGGGCAUUAGCUGGGUCUGAGGGUCCAUCAUUUCAGGAUAUAAAGGAAAUAACUAUUCGCAGAUCAAAACUUGCCAAAUGGUUUAUGGAGCCUUUCUUUGAGGAUUUAAUAGUUGGCUGCUUUGUCAGAGUGGGAAUUGGUAGAUCAAAAUCUGGACCUAUAUACCGACUCUGCAUGGUGAAAAAUGUUGAUGCUUCAGAACCUGAUCGACAGUAUAAAUUAGAAAAUAAAACUACAUACAAGUAUUUGAAUGUUGUUUGGGGAAAUGAAAGUUCUGCUGCUAGGUGGCAAAUGGCUAUGGUUAGUGACUCUGCCCCACUUGAAGAGGAGUUCAAACAGUGGGUUAAGGAAGUAGAUCGCAGUGGUGGCCGGAUGCCAAGUAAACAAGAUGUGUUAGAAAAAAAACAAGCUAUACAAAAAGCCAUCACAUUUGUCUAUUCAGCAGCUACUGUGAAGCAGAUGUUACAAGAGAAAAAGUCUGCCUCAAUAAGACCACUAAAUGUUGCUGCUGAGAAGGAUCGGCUGAGGAGGGAAUUGGAAAUAGCACAAAGUAAGCAUGAUGAUGCAGAAGUGGAGAGGAUCAAGACAAGACUGCUAGAAUUAGAGGCAUCCAGACAAGCAAAGCAGAAGGAUGCCAAGGCAUUGAAGCUGGCUGAGAUGAAUAGGAAAAACAGGUUUGAGAACUUCAAGAAUGCUUCUGAAUUGAAGCCGGUGAAUACAGGUUUGAAAGCAGGGGAGGCAGGUUAUGAUCCAUUUUCCAGGAGAUGGACUAGAUCAAGGAAUUACUAUGCUUCAAAACCUGGUGAAAAGGCUGCAGCUGCAAACAAUAGUGUCAAUGGCAUAGUGGCUGGUGCUGGCAGCAAUGGAACUGGAGCACCAGUGACAGCGGAGGCUGGGAUGGUGGCUACCGCUGCUGCCUUGGAAGCUGCUGCAGAUGCUGGGAAGUUAGUGGAUACAAGUGCUCCUGUGGAUCAAGGGACAGAGUCAAAUGUGCUGCACAAUUUUGAGCUGCCAAUUUCAUUAGCAUUACUUCAAAAGUUUGGUGGGUCUCAAGGAGCUCAGGCAGGAUUUAUGGCUAGAAAACAAAGAAUAGAAGCAACAGUUGGAUUUAGAGUCUUGGAAAAUGAUGGAAGGAGGCAUGCGUUGACACUGACAGUUAGUGAUUACAAAAGAAGAAGAGGGCUUCUUUGAAAUUGUUUCUGCUCUUGCAGUAUGCCAUUGCCACUUGAGGUAAGUUCAGGGUUCUUUGAGCCAAAGAUGGUUUGUGUUGUCUGUAAUAUUAUGUAUCUUUGAAUUUUUAAGGGGUCAUGUUUCCAUGUAUUUUUUAUUCCUGAUGCUCAAACAUUAAAGAAUAGACAUUUGAUAAAUGUUAGUGAAGAAUGUGUGUAAUUUAACAAUUUAACAAUGAUAUUUAGCCAGGUUGUUGGAAGUUAAAGAGAGCAUGAUAAAUGCACUGAAAAUCUGCUAUCAUGGUGAAAUAUUCAAAGAGAAUAUCUUUCAUCUUGAGUUGA